CAUAAUGCAUCCGUGACAUGUAUCGUGGCGCUAAGUGCAAUGAAAUUGAUUUGAUCAUCGAUGUGUUUAUUUUGGUUUUAAAAAAAUGUGACACUUCGAUUUAUUUAUAUCUUUUACAACGAUUAGUGGAAAAAGUUUAAUAUUCUACUUAAUAAUAGAAACGAUAAAAAAUUAAUCAAUAUGGAGAAAUUAAGUUUUCCGUCAGAAGAAGUUUUAAAACAAGCUAUCGCGGAAAUUAAAGAACCAUUAUUAUUUCAACGAAUGUUGCAAGAUUCAACAGGUGCAUACACCUGGAAAUUGUUAGAUUGGAAAUUAUCUGAGUUGAUCGGAAAGUUUGGGGAUACCAAGUUACCAUUCCGAGUUGGUUAUAAUGUUCGAUCGAAGGGUCCACAAUGGGAGGUGAACUGCCCUGUAGUAUCGAUGACAUUAUCAGAGUUCGUUAAAAGCAUAGAAUUUAAAGAAGAUGAAAAGAAAUGGUACUAUUUUGACUAUAAAUACAUGAAUGAAUGGUUCAUGGAUAAUCCAGAGAUAAUAGAAUCUGUGAAUUGGAAAAGAUUUGGUUUUAAGAAGACAGGCAACGAUACCACUCUUUGGAUAGGAAGUAAAGGUGCGCAUACAAAUUGUCAUCAAGAUUCUUAUGGCUGCAACUUAGUAGCACAGAUUCAUGGAAGAAAACAGUGGUUAUUAUUUCCUCCAAGUUCAACUUGUGCUCUUCAUGCAACAAGGAUUCCAUACGAGGAAUCAACAGUGUAUAGCAAGUUCAAUUUCUUUUGCCCAACCGAAGAAGAUGAAACAAAUAUAUUAAAAGUAAAGGAUAAGCCAAAAUUAGUAACCCUUGAACCAGGAGAUGUUUUAUUUGUUCCUGCAGGCUGGUGGCAUUAUGUGGAGUCAUUAGAAUUUUCUACUAGUGUCAACAUAUGGAUACCAAUUGCAACAGACAAUGUAUCAAGAGUCAAAGAAGCUCUUGUGAAAUUAGUAGUAGCCAGAAUUGGUAAAAAUGCUUGCAAAACAUCUGAAGAGGCUCACAAUUCCUUAUCUUAUUGCAUGAAGCUGUUGAAUUUUGCUCUUGAAGAAUGUAAAGAUAUAGAUAAUGUAGAACCAUCACAUAAAAAAAUUAAGCACACUGCAUGGACAGCAACAGACUUAGCAGCAGAGUAUCCAUACUAUGUGAAGCUAUUAAAAGAACUUGAAACAUCAGAAUUGAAAGAACUUUUAAGAAUAAAGAGAGAAAGAUUUCUUGAAGAUAGCGCAGAACCAUUAUCAGGCUGCAGUUCGGAAUUGAGCAGGGACACUCAAGAAACCGCAAUUCAUAAAUUAUCGGAAGAUGUUGUAAAUGCAUUAUGUCACCCUGAUGUUAUUAAUAAAGUGACAGACUUACUUCUAUCUUCAUAAAUAUACAUA